AGUGGCGAAGAAGGAGGCGACCCGCUACGAGAUGGAGGCUACCUUAGAGCAGCACUUGGAGGACACAAUGAAGAAUUCAUCCAUUGUUGGAGUCCUGUGCACAGAUUCACAAGGACUCAAUCUAGGUUGCCGUGGAACCCUGUCAGAUGAGCAUGCUGGGGUGAUAUCUGUUCUAGCCCAGCAAGCAGCUAAGCUAACCUCGGACCCCACUGAUAUUCCUGUGGUGUGUUUAGAAUCAGAUAAUGGGAACAUUAUGAUCCAGAAACAUGAUGGCAUCACAGUGGCAGUGCACAAAAUGGCCUCUUGACAUCUCGUAUCAGUUCUCCUGCAUAUCAGUUCUUCUGCAGCCUGUCACAGGGACUCAGUCAUACAUUAUGUUAAUUAUCUCAUAGAACUAUUAAACCAUUCAUGUAAUAUGCAAAAAAAAAAAAAAAAA